AUGCCGGUUUUGACACUUAUCGAUGAGACCUGCAAAUCUUUUCUUCCAUUCCAAGAAGUAUUAUGUAAACAACAUUUAUAUGAACUGCUCAAAAAGCGAUUGCUCCUUCAAUUGCGCGUCUACUAUAUGGUGUUUUCUCUUGCAGCCGAGGCAUACGAAGUUAUUGAUUCCAUGCUAGGAAUACGCGCAUGUGUUCAACCAUUGCGUAUCGCUGUGCGCGGUUUAGCAAGCACUGAUAAGACAGUACCAGUGACACGAUUGCAUGAUGCAAAACGAAAAUCAUUGCAAGAUGUUUUGGAACCAGCACAGCCCAAGACCAGUGUUACCGUUGUUGGUGAGCACGAUGAGGUGAUGGAUAUUGCUGGUGUACCAGAAGAACACAUGGAACAACGCACUGCACGAAUUUUCAAACCAGCUCGGGAGGCUACUCAGACUGCAUGGAACAACACAAAAAUGUGGAAAAUUGAAUUGGAUAAUCGUGAACGCUGGGAGAAUCCCCUUAUGGGCUGGUCGAGCACGGGUGAUCCACUCAGCAAUAUUUCAAUGAAUCUUGAUUUUGCAUCUAAAGAGGAUGCAAUCAAUUUUUGCGUGAAAAACAGAUGGAACUAUGAAGUGGAUGAACCGCAUGAACGUCGUAUAAAGCCGAAAUCAUAUGGAUGGAAUUUUGCAUGGAAUAAGCGCACAAGAAUUAGCACUAAGUAG